UUUCUGUUUGUUCAGGAAAUUGUGACGUGUGUUCUGGGCAGGGUUUGAGGUUUCAAAACCUUUUUUAAAUACAGCACCCUGCCGCAUUUCCUAGUCGCGAGGUCGGCGCGCGGGAGGGGCUGAAGCGAGGCGGUCACGAUGCAGGUGCUCCUCCGGCGCGGCGGGCUGCUUCUGGCUCUCGCCUCCAUUCUGGUUUUGGAUUCUUCAGUUCAAGGUUCUCCUGUGCGGAGAGCCAGGUACCAGUGGGUACGCUGCAAUCCAGAUAGUAAUUCUGCGAACUGCAUUGAUGAAAAGGGACCAGUGUUCAACAUACUUCCAGGCGAAUCCAACAGAAUCCUUGCUCCAAGAACUGACCCUUUUUCAAUGACAAGAUCCCAGAACUUGAACGAUUUCUUCCCUCUUUCCGAGGACUACUCCGGAUCAGGCUCUGGCUCUGAAUCAGGAUCUGGAAGCGACUUCCUAUCUGAAAUUGAACAGGAAUACCAACCAAUAGAUGAAAACAAUGCUUUUGUUUACAACUUUAGAUCUUUUAAGAGAAAUCUGCCGUCAGACAACUUGGGUCAAGAUGCACCAGAAGAGGAUUUUAUUAUAUAGAAGAGGGGGCUUCCCAUGUUGACACUGCAAGAUGCAUUCAUUAUAUGUUUGUGUACAAUGGUUCAAUGAUUCAUUUUGGGACAAAAAGUUUUACGGAAAUGUUAAAACAUCUGAAAAGAAAGUUAAAGUUUUAUCACCUUUUUUUUCUCAUGAAUUUUUAAAACUUCCUUUAUUUUAUUGCCCUGAAAAAUACCUGCAUUUUCUUUGUAUCAUAUUAAACCAAUAUCACUAUGAAAUUAACUAUACUCCCCAUGUUUAUAGAAUUGCUUUAAAGAAUAAAUUACACUAUUUUUUUAAAAUUCCAUUUGAGAAGCAAAUUGAUAGGCUGUCUUUCCUACCUAAGUCUUCAGGAACCUGACCCUGUGAAUUAUAGAUAUGCCCUUUUUCUUAUAAAAAUCCCAGAUGAAACACAGGGAAUUUAUAGACUGGAUAUUUGACAUGUUUUUCAGUGUGAAGUGUACUGCUCUAAUAUUACCAUUGGAUGUGUUUGCAGAGCUAGUGGAGAGCUCGUUUGUUUACAAGUAUGAUUGCUAUUAAAAUAAGAAAUUUAACACCCAAACUAAAGCACAGUGCCUCAUGCUGCUCUAUCUUUUUUCUUGGAUAUCUAUGUAUUUUCAGGUGUUACUCUAUUAAAGCAGAAGUAUAAUCAAAGAAUUAAA